AAUUUUCGCUGUGCUCCGAUGUUAUCCUCCUCCGGAACCGGGAGCUCCCUCUUAUGGCGGUACCGUACACCUGCACCUCCACCUCUGCCUUCCUUCAAAGCUCUCUCCUUUCCUUUCUCUUCCAGUUUAGCGUUUAUUCAUAGAACCAAAAUUUCUCCUCUUUCUUGUUCAGCUGAAACCUCCUCUGAUAUUGCCUUGGCGCAGAGCCAGCCUGCUACUGAAUUCGAUCCCUGGUCGGAGUUCGCUCAAAAUGUGUCUGGCGAAUGGGACGGUUUCGGAGCAGAUUUCUCGCGCGAAGGGAAACCGCUGGAACUACCUGAAUCGGUGGUUCCAGAAGCCUAUAGAGAAUGGGAAGUGAAGGUGUUCGAUUGGCAGACGCAGUGUCCCACUCUUGCCCAGCCCGACGCACAGACCUUUCUUUACAAGUCCAUCAAACUCCUCCCCACCGUGGGAUGUGAAGCUGAUGCAGCCACCCGUUACAGCAUCGACCAGAGGAGCACCGGGGCUAGCAAAUCUUCUGCAUUAGCAUUUUCUUAUUCUGUCUCCGGCUCCUAUGUCGCGGUGUGGCCUCUGGGGAACAACCGCCUAGAGGUGGAGCAUUGCCUCAUCAGUCCAAACGACAAGGAGUCUCGUGUGAGGAUUUUUCAGGCUGUCCGCUUAGCAGAGACCAAAAUGUUGCUCCAGAGUGUCAAAGUUUUCUGUGAGCAGUGGUACGGCCCGUUCAGAGAUGGCGAUCAGCUCGGAGGGUGUGCCAUCCGUAGCUCCGGGUUUGCUUCUACACCUUCCACAGCGGCUUCAGUGGUAGCUGGUUCUUGGAGAGUUCUACUUGCUUCUACUAGCUUUCACGCCCCUGAUUCCGGUUGCAUUCAGCAAGUUACUGGCGAGAAGGUGAUUGAGAUUGUGCGAGAAGAAAAGGAUCUUUUGUUGCUUCCGCAACAGCUGUGGUGCUCACUCCAAGAAAGCAAAGACGGCGAAAGAGUAUUUUCAGUAGGAUGGUUAUUUGAGCCAGGCCAUGCUGUCACUUCUUCCUGUGUCUUCUCAAGCGAUUCUAAGCUAAAGGAGGUAACAAUGGGAAGAGAGACUGCUCUAUCAAAUGUAUAGUCAUCAACUAAAACUCCACAGUAAUCAUUCUUAUAGUUUUCUUUAUAGGAUGUGUGCAUAUAAGUCAAAUUACAAUAAUCUCAUAAGACUCCCUAUAUCAUGUUGGUUCAGUUUAUCUGUUAAUACACAUCAGUACAUUUUAGAGUGCAGAGCCUUUGUCGAUUCAAUGUUUACUGGGAAGGAUCCAGACCAUGUAAACCA